AUGGUUAUGGAGAAUCCUUUGGUUGAUGAACUUUUUCCAAUCGGAAUGCAUGUUCUUGCUGUUGAUGAUAAUCGAGUUUGCUUGAAUAUGUUGGAGAGUAUGCUUCUCAAAUGCAACUAUAAAGUUACUACAACUGCUGAAUCGGGGAAAGCAUUGGAAAUUUUGAGGGAAAAUAGAGAUAUGUUUGAUUUGGUUAUUUGCGAUGUUAACAUGCCGGAGAUGGACGGAUUUAAGCUUCUGAAGCAAGUUGAACUCGAGAUGGAUCUACCUUUUGUUAUGUUGUCGGGGAAUGGUGAUACGGAAAGCGUGAUGAAAGGUGUGAUGAACGGUGCUAGUGAUUAUAUCUUGAAACCAAUUCGAAUGGAAGAGGUGAAGACGAUAUGGCAACAUGUUGUGAGAAAGAAAAUUGAUGGAAAAGUUCAGAUAAAGAAAAAGGUUUCUGGUGCUAAUAAUGUGGCGAAAAAGGUUUCUGAGGAGGAGAAAAUUGACAAUGUUGCUAGGGUAUGUAGUCGAGAUACCGCGUCUGAUGACAAUGUUGCUGAUAAGAGUCCGAAUGUAGGAGAAAAACGAAAAGAACGAAGCGAUUCAGAGGAAGAUAAUGAUACGGAUGGAUCUACCGAGAAGAAGCCUCGUUUCGUUUGGGAUACUGAGUUGCAUAACAAAUUUGUUGUCGCGGUAAAUCAACUAGGCCUAGACAAGGCUUAUCCAAAGAAAAUACUGGAGUUGAUGAAUAUUGAAGGGCUUACGAGGGAAAAUGUAGCGAGUCAUCUGCAGAAAUUCAGAUUGAAUCUCAAAAGAUCAGAUAAACACCCGAUUUCUACUAGUCCUUAUCUGCAAUCAGGUUCGGUAGGUGGUGGAAGGUUCAUAAACGGCACAUUACCAUCAUAUGCAUCACCGUCGUACGGAUCUAGUCAUUUAGUUUGUCGGCUAAACACGCCAUCUGGAUUGAAUGUUAGAAGGAUGAGUUAUGCACCAGGGCCGUCGUUUCAGUCACACAACAACAUUAACUGUUUCCAGAUGCCAGUGGCUUCUGCCAGCGAAAGGCCGUGUUUUUUACCGAACUUUCGAACAUCAAUUGGGACGAAUCAGUUUCAGCAAAAUAACUAUCUAACUGGUUAUCCAAGUUCAUCUAGCUUUCAAGGCUGUAAAGUUGCCGUCAAUAAUGCAAAUAGCAGCAGUUUCAUUUCUUGCAUCCCAAGAAAUCAUCCGUUAACAUAUAACGCAAAUAGCAGUUCUGUUUCUUGCAUCCCAAGCAAUCACCCUUUGAUCAAUGCAAAUAGAAGUUCCCUUUCUUGCAUCACAGGCAAUCAACCAGUAACACAUAAUUCAGAAGCAUUUAGAAACCACUCUUCGGUUGGAAUUGCAGAUGUGAAAACACAAUCUUUGAACAACACUUUGGAUUCGGUUGGAGGUGCAGAACUGAAAACGGAAUCACAAUCUACGAACAAUCCUUUGGAUACUCUUACAUCUCUAGCCAAAUCUGAUAGUCAACUAAUCACUCAGAUGCCAGAAACUGAGAAAUUCUAUGCAGAAACUUUGGAUUCAAACGACGAUUGCUUCUUUAAUCAAAUGUUGUAUCUAAAAGAAGGAUUCUACGAUAAUAGUCGCUUGUCCUUGGACGACAUAUAUUGA